UGCCUUCACGUCAAAACUGUCAACAGACCCUCCGAUUGAUGCUGCUGAGUGGUGGUGCCUUUUGCUGAACUGCACAAAAUAAAAUCAACAUAAAGAGAUUGAACAUCAUCAUCGGCUGCGAAUUUUCGAAAUAAUUUACAUUUGCCGCAAGUGGCACUUUUGCUGCGUAGUGCACCGCCAAGUGGUGGCCUAGAAUAACAUGUCGAUCACAGAAUUUCUGAAAGAUUUACCCUGCCACAACGAGGACAACUUUUCGCUGUUCAACACGGAAAAUGGCGUGAAGACAUCCUCGAAGCGGCCCUCGGUUUACAUCCCGACCGUGGACAUUCCCUCGGAACAGGGUAAGUACGGGGUGUGGGUUGUGGGUUUAGUUUGAUUAGGGUGGUUAUUUAUACGGAUAUUAUUUGCAAU